AAAGUAAUUGAUUAACAUUAGCAAGAAGAUUAUCAUCCAAUGUGAAGUAAUUUAAAUCGAGUAUAGAUUAAAAUAAAUUAAUCAAAUAUUAUUAGUCAUUCAGUCAGUCAAUUAAUCUUUUAAUCAAUAAUGGCUUCUAACGGAGAAGAGGGUCGGCUGAUCAACGUGCCCAAAAUUAUGGACGGAACGUGGUUUGCUCUCUCCAAGACGAUAGGAAAAACCGUUGUUGCCGAAUGUCUGAUUUGCCCGAAUAAGUUCUUGAGUGCCCACAUGGGGUCCACAUCCAACCUGCUCAAACACUUGAGGAAAAAACAUAAAGCCGAGUACGAGAAGUACAUAGAACAAAGGACCAAUCGAAGGCAGUCAUCAUCAGUAGCAACAAAAUCUGCUGAAGAUGGUACAGGUACACCCAACACAUUAAAAAGGAAAAUUUUUAUACCUAUUUCAUCACCACGCGAACCAAAAAUGAGAAAAGUUCAAAAUGUUAUGUCCAUUCCCAUGUCUUCCAUUGAUAAUUUUGAUCACCAUCACCAGGACAAGUUUGAAGAAGUUGAAAGUUUAGAAUGUUUGUUGAAGAAUAACAUUCCUCAAGAUGAUUUGAAAAAAGUUUGGUCAUUUCUUUAUGGCAGAGAAUUAAAACAAAUAAAAUUUGAAGAAAAUGUUCUGAGCAAGUGCAUAUUGAUGAAUCUUGAACUUGAAGGAUUUGAGAUCAGAGGCAAGCCAGAACGCAUCCGACCUCCAAGAAUAACCAGGGUUGGUCUUAUUCAGCACAAAAUUGUUCUUGAAACCACUGAGCCAAUCGAUAAACAGAGAGAUGCAAUUAUGGAGAGGGUUGGUGAAAUUCUUGACGUUGCGGGCCACAACAAUGUUAAUGUUGUCUGCCUGCAAGAAUGCUGGACUUCUCCAUUCUUCAUGUGCACGAGAGAAAAAGAUCCAUGGCUGGAGCUUGCAGAGGAUGCCCUCACUGGACCCUCAACUAAAAUGCUCUCUGAAUUCGCCAAGACAUACAACAUGGUUAUAAUAUCUCCAAUACUGGAACGUGAUGAAAUCAACGGAGAUCAAAUUUUUAAUACUGCAGUUGUAAUAUCAAACACUGGCAAGGUCAUUGGCAAGACAAGGAAGAAUCACAUACCUCGAGUUGGAGAUUUCAAUGAAUCCUCGUAUUACAUCGAAGGAGACAUGGGACAUGCUGUCUUCGAUACCUGCUAUGGCAAGUUAGGAGUGAACAUAUGCUACGGGAGACACCAUCCGCAGAACUGGAUGGCCUACGGAUUGAAUGGAGCUGAAAUUGUUUUCAACCCAUCUGCUACUGUAUCUGGCUUGAGCGAGCCACUGUGGCCCAUAGAAGCCAGGAAUGCAGCUGUAGCAAACAGUUACUACGCAUGCGCCGUCAACAGAGUUGGAACUGAGGUCUACCCACACGAGUUCACAUCAGGCGACAAGAAACCAGCACACAAGGAGUUUGGGCAUUUUUAUGGAUCGAGUUAUGUGGCUGCCCCUGAUGGAUGCAGGACGCCCGGCUUGUCAAGAUUGAAUGACGGCCUUCUUGUGGUUGAUUGUGAUCUGAACUUGUGUCGUCAAGUGAAGGAUAACUGGGGCUUCAGGAUGACCCAACGCCUGCCACUCUAUGCCGACCUUCUGACCAGGGCGUCAAGACAAAACUUUGAACCUCAAAUUAUCCGAGACUUAUCAAGAACCGAUGAAGACUUCAAGAUAGGACUGUGCGAUAAUGACAACUACAACGAUGAUACCUCGUCAUUUAAAUAAAUCAUCCAAUUGUUACGAUUUUAAUUUGCAUUAUUAUCUGUAGCACAUAUCGAAUUCGUUCUCAUUUGCCAAAAAGUAUUCUAAGUAAAUAAUUCUAAUUGGUAUGCGAUAAUAUGCUAACGAUACAGUUCUGAUCAUUAAAAUGUAUGUAUGCCCUCGCAUUGUUCUUGAAAUCAUUACAUUUAAAUUUAUUUUUUCUUUUAAUGAAGUAUCACUUGAGAAAAUUUUAUAAAAAAAA